CUAAGUGCAGUGCAGAAAAUCGGCCGCUCAAAGACUUUUCAGGUCGUUUCCAUGACUACGGAGCAAUUUGUGCUUGCAGUGGCUAUCCGGGACUUGUGUAUGCAUCGGAUACCUCAAUUUGUGGACUACCUCUUGAGGGAAGUGCGCUAACUGCUCGCGGCAAUGGAUGUAGGGGAACUAAGCGUAAUAGAGGAGGCACUGUUGGUUGUGCGGUGCACGAAAUAGAGAUGAAUGGUUGGCUUGCAAACGAGUUGUGAUAGAUGGUAUAUUACUAGCGAUGUUCCUAACGAAGUCUUAUCAGUGUGGAUGUUGGGAAGGCGAUGUGAAGACAUUCCUGCUUUGAGAUCAAACGGUUCUGCUAGUAGAAGUCGUCAUGGGGAAGGCAGUUAGCGUUCUACGUUCCGGCGGGAAGGAAAGGAAAACCAGGCGACUGUUUCGUCGGAAUGUGUCGCAGCUCGAGCGCAUCACCAACUUCAGCAAGACCGAGAUCAAAAAGUGGCACAAGCUGUUCCUGAAGGACUGUCCGAGCGGCCAGCUGACAGAAGAGCACUUCGUAUCCUUCUACGUCGGGUCUUUCCAGUCGGGAGAUUCUACAAGGAAAGCCGAGCUGGCCACACAGAUCUUUCGCACGUUUGACAGAGACGGGAGCGGGACGAUAGACUUCAGGGAGUUCAUGUGCGGUAUGAACGUCCUCAUGCGCGGCAGCAUCACCGAACGGUUGAAAUGGGCCUUCUACAUGUACGACCGAGACGGCAGUGGGUCCAUUAGCACCAGCGAACUCCUCGAUGUCUUGAAGGUAGGGUUCACAGUCUAA